CUGACGGAUGUACUAUAUCUAAUAUUCCGCAAUCAUUGUGUAUUUAAUAAUUUCCUUAUUGUUUGGUCAUGGUAUAUAUAAGACUUUCCGGUACCAAAGAGAUCAUUAAAGCAUCUAGCAACUCUCUAUCGCACAUCAGGAUAGAAAUCCAGCUAUGAAGGUCUUGCUCCUUUGCUUAUUUGCUUCCAUCUUGUGUGAUAAAUCGUUUGGGGAGGAAUUCUUCGUGGACGAUCCUCUUGAAGGUAUUGUAAUGGAAAGCAUCUUUGGAGAUGAUGGCUGUCAUUGUAUACAAGACAAGUGCAGUUGCUGUAAAAAAUUGAGUUUGCCGCGUUUACACGUUUCUAAAGCAGUUUGCAUUGAAUUGGUGUACAUCAACACUGAGCAGUCUUUCAAAGUCCAGCUAACCGUUGAUGGAAGUGUGAUCUUCGACAAGAAAGUCCACGGCAAGAAUCCACGACCAGUUUGUGGCAAAAUCCCAAUCAUUGGGCACAGGGUCAACAUGUGUAUUGAACUGGCGGACAUCAAGAUGGACACCACAGGAUUGCGUGGAUGCAUCAAUCUUGUUGCCACUAUCAUCACGGAGCACAAAUUUAAAAUCGGUUGCUUUAAGUUGCCAACGGCAACGCGGAAAGAUGAAGCUGACAUACUGAUUUAUGAACGCAAAGUUGAGAUAAGAAACUAACAUUUAUUGACAGGCUCAAAUCAUGCGUCAAAAUAUGGAUAUUUUCUGUGCGUGAGCGUUAAAUCUGACAUUUUAUUGAACUCGUCCGUUUUACUCCACAUUAAUGUAUGAAACUUUUAACAACUUUGUGUGAAUGAACUUUAAUUCAACUUUUUAAUUUCAUCUUCUCGCACAAAGUAUGCGACUUGAACGAGUAUACUGGUAUAUCGUGCAUAGUUAUUUCUUUUAUUUUUCGUUGUUGUUUUUGUUGCUUUUUUUUUUUUUUUUUGGUUGGUCUUGUUUAUUAUUUUUGUUUGUUGUUGUUUGUGAAAUGGAAUACACGAUAUAAACUAAGUUAACAUGUUUGAAUUUUGCAUAAAUCGCUGUAGGGAGACGGAACAAUCCGAACCGAACAUGUUUUCUCUUUUCAAGCCUUUUGUUUGUAGUCGUACUUCGCAUGCGUACGCAUUGACCUCGCUGUAUUUAUUGUGUUGACAAGCAAUAAAUAGUUUUAC